GCAGAACCAAUUCUUCCCAUGAAAAUGAGUAGCUUAAAAAUUCUCUUUACAUUUGUUUUUAUGAUAAAUGGACAAUUAAAUACAUCAGGAGAUAACAAUGUCAGUGGAAACAAUAUAAUAAAAAGGAGGACAAAGGAAUAUUUAGAGCUUUGUCCUUACACAGACACUUGUUACACUAACGUGUCAAAACCGGAUGAAAUUAUAUUUGGAAUGGCUCUACCGUGUUGUAACCCGUGUAGAUGUGAUAUAGACUGUGGACGGAACUGCUGUCCAGAUAUAUCAGUGGAUUUCGAAAACGAAGAAAAAAUCUAUGAAGCUAAAGAAAUACACCAAUGCGUCGACGCACAAUAUAGACCUUAUGAUACUAGAAUAUCAAAUGGACGGUCUUUUGAAAUGAUUUCAAAAUGUCCGUACAAAUAUAACGAUACUGAAAUUGCAGCAAAAUGUGCACGAGAGUAUCAUGCUGUAUCGUUUGAUGUGCCGUUAAGAUAUAUUCUUCCUGUAUACGAUAACUUGACUGAUUCCAUUUACCAAAAUAUUUUCUGUGCUAUUUGUCACAAAGUUGAGUUGGAUAGUUUAGUUUUUGGGCGUAUAAGUAUUGAAUGUAAAGUUUCAACAAGAAAUAUAACAUAUAUUCGCGACUUAACCGUUAUACCAGACCUAGGAGACGAGGACGGUUGCAAUGUUUUGUUUAAAAUACCAGAAGAAAAAAUCGACGCGAUGCCCUGGGCGAUGAAAACAUGUGACAGGACAUUUAUUGAUCGUUGUAAUGUUACAGGGCAAUGGCAGUCGUACGAUAGUCAUUUGGAGGAGGCUUGCUUAUCAUAUGAAUCAGUAUACAGCAAUUUCAGGAAUGUACAUUGCUUGUUAUGCAAUAGCUUAAAUAAAAGUGAAGUGAAGCGUACAUGUCAGUACCCAGAUUUCUAUUAUGAUUAUACAAUCACUGAAAGGAAAAUGUUUAAUUUCAUUACACUUCUCAACUGGAACACAAAGGAAGACGUUGUUCUCCUUGGAAACACAAAACAACAAACAAAUUUAAAUGAGCAAUGUCUGCAAAAUAGUUUAUUGGAUCCCUUGAGGAGAGAAGACUGGCUGUUGCAAUGCCCCCGUGGAAUGGUGAUGACAAAUAGGAUGUGCUUACCUCCACACAGAUUUAUAUCAUCGGAUCUUCUGAUGGAAAUAAACCUUUUUCUUGAACCAUACGAUGUUCAAAAGCAAGACAAACUCGCGCUGAAUAAAAUGAUUUCAGUUAUAUUAGAUGAAAUUGAGUUGAAGAAGUCAUUGCUGAUCACAAGGAAUGUAGAGCUGCAAAACAUGAAAUGUUCUUUAAAAUUCAAAACAGACUUAGGUGGGACAAAUCCUAAAAGUAAAGUUAUUGCGUUAGAAUCCGUACAAUAUGUUAAAGUUAACAUUCAAAUUUUGAUUUAUAACGCAGAGGAAGAUUUAUUUGGAACUGUUCUUGACUUCGCACUGGUAUUUACCAACAUUUCAAGUAUCGGCAAUGUCUUCAAAGCUUACUUUCAUCAUUUUGACAAUUUCUUUAUUGAACAACGCCCGCUAAAGUCUAAUUGUGUAAAUGUUCCAAAUCUACCUCUGUUUCAACUAUGUCUAGAAAACAAAAUUCCAAAAGAAAGGAUGCUGUAUUUUGAGGUUUUACGCAAACAAGAGACAGUAUAUGUGAAUGAAUCAUAUAUAGAAAUUAGCUUGGAACAAGAACCUUUUUGCCCGAGAAUCGCUCUUCCUAAACUGACGUUCAUGAAUUGUAAUGAGUCUGCAAUUUACACAAACAAUUUUCUUUCUACACGGCUUACAGAAAAUGAAACACACAUGUUCUUUUGUCAUGAAGACUUUUUUCAACAUCUGGACAGUCUUCACACAAACCAAGUCAUAGUCAACCAGAAAGUAGAGUCAGGGGUUAAUAUUCGCGGCGGAGUAACUUAUUUGACCAUUGUUUGUUUAAGUAUUUCAUUGUUGUCUCUUGUGUUGACACUUACAGUGUAUUCAGUCUAUCCAGCACUACGGUCUUUACCAGGACUUAACAACAUGGCUUUAGUUACAAGUUUGAUAAUUUUUCAGGCAAUAUCAUUGGUGAGUACUGUUACAAAUAUCAACAUUAGUUGGCUUUGCAGUUUAUUUGGUGCAGUUCAUCACUUCUCUCUAACUUUAUCUUUUGCUUGGAUGUUUGUGUGUACUUUUCAUAUGAUGAAGGUAUUUGUUAAGAUCAGAAAUCGAUCUGUUGGCAGGAAUGACUUUCGAACCUUUGUUUCGUAUAUUGUUUUUACGACAAGUGUUUCGCUAUCGACUGUUUCCAUAACGAUUGUUGUUGCAGCUGUUCAGUCUGAGGGCGAAGACAUAGGCUACGGCGGUGCCACCUGCUACAUCAAGGAUCCAGCUAAUGUUCUAUUUCUUGUUGCUUUACCAGUUGCUAUAGUGGUUUUUGCCAACAUUUUUAUGUUUUGUGUUGUUGUUUUCAAAAUACAUAAACAUCCGACACUUUCCUCUUCCAAUCCAAAAGAACGUCACAAUAUAACAAUUUUUGCGAAGUUAUCGACGAUAACUGGGAUGACUUGGAUCUUUGGGUUCAUUUAUAUUUUUACUCAGGUUGAAACAUUUGCAUACAUUUUCAUUAUUCUCAAUGCCGGACAAGGAGUUUUUAUUAUGCUUUCAUUUGUUUGUAAUCGAAGGGUAAUAAGCUUACUUUGUAAAACUAGAUUCAGGAGGCAGCUGACAAAGCAGACGACAAGCACGGGACUCUAGAUUGCAUCUUUUUUAUAUUAUUAAUAUGUUAUCAAAGGAUUAAGUACAUUAUUGGUUAAUCAUGCAGAAAGCACAUAACGUGGCAAAAUAGAUGAUUUCAUUGAUUGUGCGGCGAUAAACAUAGUUUACCUUGUUUAAUCGAGUAAGUAAGUAAAUAAGUAAGCAAGAAAGCAAGCAAGUAAGUAAGAGGGUGAGAGAGUUAUGAGUGAGUGAGUGAGUGAGUGAGUAAUAAAGUAGGUUAUCUUUACUUUAAAGGAUAGAACAAUGUAACGAAAGGUCAUACGAGCUUUUAACCGACUAUUAGUUCAUUUCCAUACCUGCAGUACUCUAGAGAGUGGCAAGCCUGUCAAACAUUUGCAGCAUUACCAUUCCAGAAUGAAAUCAUGUUCUUGAAUUGAUUGAACUUUUCCACAUCCUAGAUUCAUCUGGCAGUGAGGUCUGGGACUGGAUCAGCAUAUCUGAAACUGUUUUUACCAAACUUUGCGGUCUUUACAUUUGGUAUUUGUAAAAUAUAAGUACAUGUAGAAUUAUAAAAUUUGUAUCUUUUACAAAUAAGAGAGUCAUGGCUAAAUUAUUAAAGUUUUUAAAGGUUUCUGACGCUGUGAGUCUGGUUUUUCGUUUAUGCAAACAUUGUAGCUUAGCAUUGUCCAACAGAUCUUGAAAAGUGGUACGAGCUCCUGUAAAAGAUUCUGUCAUUGGAUUCGGAUUUCUUAAGUGCUACGUUUAAUCAAAAUUAUUUUUUAUUACAAACAUUCAAAGUAUCCGGGGACCUCCGUGGACGAGUGGUUAAGGUCGCUGACUUCAAAUCACUUGCCCUUCAUCGAUGUAGGGUCCAGCCUCACUCAUGGCGUUGAAUUCUUCAGGUGAGGAAGCCAUCCAGCUGGCUUACAAAUGGUCGGUGGUUCUACCUAAGUACCCGCUCGUGAUGAAAUAAUGCACGGAGAGGCAUCUGGGGUCUUCCUCCACCAUCAAAGCUGGAAAGUCGUCUUAUGACCUAUAAUUGUGUCGGUGUGACGUUAAACCCAACAAAAUAAAUAAAUAAAUUCAAAGCAUACCCCUUUUACCGAAACACAUUUUUGUAACCUUUUUACCUAAUCGCGAAAAGCAGAUAAAUAGUAUAGUCUUCGUUUUGUAUCUGCUUGAGACACUGAUAAUUGGCGCUGCAAAGAGAAGACAUAUUUCUUUCCAAAAAGUAUUUUCUUAAGCCUUGGAAAUAAAAAGAGUCACAGGGACUUAGAUCAUGUGAAUAAAGCGGAUGGUUUACAAUUUUCACCUUUUCAGAAGGCAAAAAAGACUUAACAAACACGCACUUGUGAGAGGAGGCGUUGUCGUGUAUAAGAUGGACUCCUGACCAUUCUUUGCUCGGACGUUUCUUAUUGUAAAACUUUUUCACUUUCUUCAGUACAGAGUUCCUGUAACUGUAUUACCAGAUGGACAAGGCACUUGAACGAUUGGCCCACUAGAAUUGAAGAUAAUUGCGUACAACACCUUUUUCGAACUUAUAGUUCUUUUGGCAUUAUAGGGGCGUUUUGUUUAUCUUUUCGCUUCCAUUGCUUAUUAUCAGCCAUUCUCUGUGGCUCAAACAUGUGCACCCAGGUUUCGUCACUUGUUAGAAAGUUAGAACUAACCCGACUAUCACAGCCUUUGUAUGUUUUCAAACGUUCCCGGGCACAUUUUAGACGUUGUUUCUUUUGCUCCUCAGAGAGCAAAUGAGGUACCCACCUAGUGCAGAAUUGUUUACACACUGCCUUCUGAUAUGCCAGUACAACUCGCUAUAUCUUUCAAUCGCGCAUCAUGUUCGACCAGAGCUUUUACAGCAGCGAUGUUUGCCUCGGUAACAGAGGGUCUAGGCCUAACACAAAAAUGUGAAACACAUUUUGUGUACAUAACUCAUAGGUUGUAUAUAUUUUAGUAGCUAUUCUAGGCUGAUAACGAUUAUUAGCGGACAUCCCCGAAUAUGUAUCCACUAUUAUUUGUUGAAAGUGCAAGUCUCUUCAUCUUCAUUUUGACGACAAUGACACCAAUCUCAUCUUAAUGCCUUUUGUCUUCAAAAUAUAUAUCCGAUCAGGAAUUGAACCACCAGCCUUUCAAAACUGGUAUCAUAGGCCAACGCCUUACACUACUCUGCCACUUUCAAAUAGGUUGGAAAUAGGGUAUGUUUUAUUAAAGUUAGCUUAGAGCAGGAUGAAGUAAUAGCGACUUUGUUAUAUUUAAUUUGAAAUGUGUUUAAAUCACUUGAUUUCCGGCGUUUAUUUCUGGCUGCCGUGCAAACCAUAGAAAGACGUCUCCCUGAAAUGUUACAUCUUUUUUUAAUUCGUUUCUCAAGUGUUGCUUGAGAUAUGGAGACCCAGUAAUCGGUAAUCGCAAGGUUUUAGCUUAUAAUGUCCGUUUUACAUAUACUUCAGCCCUGUUUUAUAUCCCGAACAUAAUAUUACUUAAUAUAGGCACCCUUGAAUAUGUUAUAUUACAAAAACUUUGGUUUCAUGGUUUAAUUAUGAUAUGAAACAAUAGGCUAAGGCAGGUGUAUUAAAACUGUCAGUGUGAGGGAAAUGGUGUCAUAGUAAGUCCAUAAUACAGUCUUUGUUAUCCGGGUUUCCAGUUUGAAAGUAAAACAUAGUAAGAAAUCGCCAGAGAAACGUGUCACUGUUUAAAAUUUUCUUGAUCAAAUUCUGUAUUUGGAUGCGUUCAAUAUACAGAACAAUACUCGGAUCUUGAUAUUUACUGAUACAAAUUAUGUGAAGUACUUUCUAUUAUUCUAUUGUUUGUUAAUAAGCUAAUUAGUGGGAAUCUUUUUUUUUUGCAUUCUGCUAUUUAUAAAUGUUGUUUAACUUUACCAUUAACAUUUAGCAAGAAAAUAUUUGCUCAUGUAUCUUUGAAAAUAUGAUAACCACAUGAAAUAGGACUGGUCCAAAACAUAACUUUUAUCAAUAUGUUCUUAAAGGAACUUCGUAUUUCCUAGCUUCAUUUUUUAGUGUUUUUUUUUAAGUUUUAGGUAUCUCGGUGCUUCUUUGGAUCAUAGUUUAUCAGGUGAUUCAAUGGCUCGUUCGGUAUUAAAAAUGCCAGGUUAAGGUUAAAAUUUCUGUACAUGAAACGUGUAUGCCUCAUGCUAAAAAACUGUUAGUAGUGUUCCACAUUUGUGGUUUAAGUAAAAUAUGAAGAAAACAAAAACACUGCAAACAACCCAAAAUAAGUUAUUAAAGUUUGUUUUAGAUUUGAGUAUCUCGGUGACUAUUUUGAUCAAUCAUGUGAUUCAAUUGCUCAUUCGGUCAUUAAAAACGGCCAGCUCAAGGUUAAAAUUUCUGUAUAGGAAAUGUGAAUGUCUCACACAGCAUACUAAAACACUUCAAAUAAAGUUUCUCAUUUAGUGUCGUUUUGAUUACGCCUGUAGUUUUUGGUAUUAUGGUUUAAGUUAAAUGUGAAGAAAAACACUGCAAACAACACAGAAUAAGUUAUUAAAGUUUGCUUUAGAUUUAGAUACCAGGUCUCAUAUUGGCCCUGCGGAGUUGAUAUCUUUAAUCUGGUUUCCUACAUCCAAACGAGUUGACCAAAUAAUUCUGACUCAAGUUUUAAGAUAGUAGCAGGUACAGCGCCCGAUUAUAUGUGUGAGCACUUUAUCUCCCCAAAGACUAUCCACAGCAACAAUACAAGAUUCUGAGAAAGAGAGGCUCAUUCACAGUUCCAAAGGUCAAAGGUUUCGGGAUCAAACCUUUUGCCUACAUGGGUUGUACUCUAUGAAAUGGGUUACCGUCCACAUCUUCACGUUGCUGUCAGAACACUUACUAAGUCAACUACAUGUAUAUUUUUUUAUACAUAAAUAAUGUCCUGCGUAUUUUAUGUAAUAUAAUAUUUUUUAAAGGUUAGAAAAUAUCUUAGGUAAAUGCAUAAAAACAAUGUUAAUCAGUUCUUCUCAUAUCUGAUAUGAGAUGAUAAGUGUUUUAAACCAAAUAUUUAAUUAUAAUAGAUUUUGCUUAGAUUUUCAUGAUUAGGUCUUACACUCCCUGUAUUUGCUGUUUUCUUCACAAUAUGUAACAUUUACUUUCUUUAGAAUAUGUAAUAAGAUUAACAUUGUUGUUAUGUCUCAUAAGUGUUAAUAUGUAAAUACUUAACAUAGGCCACACAUGCCAGAAUAAUGUUUUCAGGUCAAAUGUGAUAUGGGUUCAAUAGGAAAUAUUAAAAGUGUACAUGGUUUUAUCUUGGAUUCUUUUUUAACUAUAUAUGAACAUUUUAGAUUGCAACAGGAAAUACUUUGUGCUUCUCUUAAUAUCACUUAUUCAUUGAAAUAAGAAUUGUGUUUUAAAAGAUGAUAGAAUAAUUAUUUUAGAAAUAGUUUCAUGUAAUUCAGAUUUGAAUGUCUCUGUGCACUUUACACUGUUUUAUUAUGUAUAUGUAAUUGGUGUACAUUGAUGAGACGUAAAUAAAUAAAUAAAUAAAUAAAUUUAUGAAUACUC